AACUUAGUAUUAUAAUGCGUUUCACAUGAUUUGGUAUAUUACGCGCUUACUUCCCUUAGUUGUAAAUUGGCCAUGUACCAAACUUUCAAUUUUUUCAAAGACACAUCUCUUCGACAUUCAUUGUAUAUCCUGGAGUCGGAUAUAGAAGAUUGUACAUUGCCAUUCACACCAAUCUAAAUUGCGGAUGAUACUGGAAAUAUUCAAUGUAUCACGCUUGAGCACGCCUGUUGAUAUUUCAUCGUCCAAGAUUGCGGACAAGCAGAACAGAAAUAAGGAUGUACAGCAAAAAUGAUAUAAAUCUAUUGAAUUAACAACGGGCAUUGCAUAUACAAAACCCUGACUAGCAUUCCUCCCCCAAGAUGCCCACCAUUCUUGCUCUUGAUGUGUCCCUGUCCAUGAGUAGACCUGUGAAGACAGAAGCAGGCGGAGAGGAUUUCAGUCGCAAAAAUCUUGCAAUUCAUGGGCUUUCAACACUGCUGGACUACUUUACAGCAAACUGUAAACUUGAGUUCACAUCUUUGGUUGUGUUUUCGUACCUGUGGGAACAGCUGUGCGCGUUCACGCGAGAUGUUGACGUUAUUAAGGCGGCUCUAAACACUGUCGGGGACUUCAGUAAGACCUGCUUUGAGCCCGUGCUGAGAGGGGUCAGCUCUCUAGUUGUAGAGGAGUUUGGAGGGACCACACCAGUUCAGGUGAUCCUUGUGACUGAUGGCAGCACAGGGGUGGGGCCUGGCUCCCUUCAGAAUCUCCUUCAAGCCUGGGACCAGGGGGAUAACUCUAUCAGAUGCCCUCUGCCAUUCCCGUUCAAAGGCAGACUGACCGUGGUGUGUCUGGCCAGCCCCAUUGAGCCACAGCUGAAGGCAGCCUUGCCCAUGUUUGAACGUUUGAUUGAACUCAACAAUGGUGCUGGAGACAUAUUUGUGCCUGAGGGAGCCCUGGACAUGACCAGUGUGGGAGAGAUGUUCACAAGGGUGGCAGUGAAGUACUACAGCCCCUACAGGGGCUUGCUGACAUGUGGGCACCUCAAGAGUAACAUCACCCUCCACCCUGCACCCACACCUUUGGACAGGUCCAGCGAGUUCUCCAGUGCCCAGUGUAUGGUAUCAGAUAGGCUGGAGAUCUGUGGCUUCAUGGACCUCGGGGACAUUGCAAGUCCUCCCACCGUGUCACGUCACCUGGUGCUGCCCCUGCCUGCACGACCUGGCAAUGAGGUCAAGGGAGAGGGUGACGAGGAGGAGGAGGAUGGGAAGGUUCCCUCGUUUACAGUGCUGCUGCAUGGCAGCCUCAAGGUGGAGGGAAUGGUGGCACUGACGAGGGUCGGGCCAGAUUGGUUUGGUAUUUUGUAUUCGUGGGCAGACAGCAAGAAGAAAUCCAGUCUAAUGUUGUCCUUAUUUGAACCUGGCCCAGAUGCAGUCUCCUGGCUGGGCACUCUCAACUACCUUGGGCCCAUAGCAGACUUCUCAGUGCCCCCUUAUGGAGAGGAAGACAACUGCAGCCCAUUUCCUGUGAGGCCCAAGGAGAAACGCAGCUACGCACAGAGCUGUGUAGUCUGGAUCAAGUCUGUAGGGCUCCAGGCUGACCUCCAGAAGGUGAUCCGACACGCCCGCAAGCUGCCAGACAAGCAGCAGCAGUUCUACAAGGAGCUCAACCGGGUCCGCAAGGCUGCGCUGUCCUUCGGCUUCGUGGAGCUGCUCCCAGCGAUGGCGGCCAUGUUGGAACGUGAGUGUACCAUGCUUCCAGGGAGCUCACAUCCCGACGCUGCCCUGCAGUUGACCCACGCAGCCACCAAACUGUGUAGUGACAUGGCAAAAGAUGCUGCUCAAAUGAUUAUGCCUUUACGAACAAACUUUUCGACAGAUGAUGUGUGAACAUAAAGAAUCAAAAUUAA